ACGAAUCAAAUAAUAAAAUAAAGAAUCUUACCCAUGAAAAUAAAUUACUAAAAAUUAAAAACCACUACCUGCAAUCAUUUGUUAAUAAACGAAAUAAAAUAAUUCUUGAAAAAACAGGAACAAUUCUAAACCUUCAAAAGUAUAUAUUUUCCUAUGACAACUUACAACAGAAAUCUAGCAAUAUAGAAUAUUUAGCUGGUUUGCCCGUUGAAAAAUUUGACUUGCUAUUUCAAAUUGUUUCACCAUACUUACACAUUAUAAAAUACCCUGACUGUAAAGGAACUGGGGAAAGAUCAUUAAACAAAGCAACCGAACUUUUAUGUGUUUUAACAAUUUGUCGUCAUUCUCUUCAUCUUGGCGUUAUGGCUUAUAUGGCAGGUGUUGGUAAAAGCACAAUGUAUAGGAUAUUUGUUGGAUGGCUUGUUUUUUUAGAAACACUUUUCAGUCAGUUGGACUUAAAACCAGAUGAUGGAUUUUUAUUAAAGAAAAUGCCAGAUAUUUUUGUUCGAACAGGACAUGGGUUGACCGACUUAGUUAUUGAUUGUACAGAAUUUAAGUUUCAACAUGCUACAAACUUUGAACUUAAUUCCCUUAUAUUUUCUAACUAUAAAAACACUGUCACCGGUAAAGCUUUAAUCGGAAUCUCAGCACAUGGAAGUGGCCUUUUUUUCAGUGACAUAUAUCCUGGUUCAAUUAGUGACAGCGCUAUAACUGAAGAAACUGCUGUUCUUGAAUGGGUGCGACCUGAACAUGAACUUAUGUCAGAUAGAGGUUUUUUCGUACAAGAUCAUUGUUCCAUAAAAGGUGUUUUUUUAAAUCGACCUGCCCAAAAAGAUACAGAUCAAUUUUCACCUGCUGAUGUUGCUGCAAAUUUUGAUAUUGCAUCUACUAGAAUUCAUGUGGAGAGAUUCAUUGGACGAGUAAGAAAUUUUCUUGUUCUGCUAUGCCAUUUCUGCAGUUGCUCAGUGCAAGAUAGAGCCAAAAUUUUUUCCUUUGUUUCGUGAAAGUUUUUUAAAUAGAGAAGCAAGGCCAAUGUAUGGCAACAUAAGCCACUUACACCAACAGGACAUUCACAGUAGGCUUUAACUGGAAUAUUACUACUAAAUAGAAUAACUGUAGGUCUUGUUAAUUCACCAUAUGAUUUUUUAACAAGAGCUCUAACAAAUACAUUAUUAUCACCUGCAACAUGUGUUUUUACUGAAACUAUUUUCCUGCUAGUCAACAUAGCAUAAGCUUUCUGUUGCUGACCUAAACUACCUUCUCUUUUUCUACAACUAUAUUCUUUAAAUAUCGAUGCUGUAACUAUUGGAUACAAUUCCUCUUUAGGACACCAGGGAGCUGAAAUGGGAGGGAUAAGAUUGGGAUCUAAUGUUGUACCAAAACUAAAAUUUCUUUCUCGUUUGACUCUCAAUUUUUCCGCAAGUGAUGGGUAUAAUUUGAAUCGAUUAACACGCAUAUUAAGCUCUUGUAUUGUUCCUCAUGUGGACAGGCCACGUUCCAUAAACCAUUGUACACAAUCUUUCUUUUCCAUUAUUGCAAAAACAAUACGUAAAAGUGUUAAACAGCAAAUAACUAUAAUAUAAUAACUUGGAAGUGUGUACAAACGCUAGCUAAAUGUUUACACUUUGCGGGAGUUCUGAAAAUUUGUCCCUACAAGCCACUUCGGUCGGGCCCAGAUCUGCGCGGUAUGAAACUCCGUAAUUCUCAGAUUUCUCCAAAGAUAACUUGUAUGGUGAUCCUGCAUUGUUAUCAUGCAUGGCACGUUUGCGCAUUGGAAGGGUUGCUGUAUGCAUUAGACUAAAUAGCUAAUUUGGUAUGAUCGUAUGAUGCAUUAGAAACUGUAUGUUGUGGAAAUUUUGCAAUAACCUUUUUGGUGUGACUUAAUGAUUUUUUCUAAUGUCUGGUAUACCAUUUUCCCUGGUGUACUUCUGGCAUGGCAAAGCAAGUAUGUAGUUUUAGCAGAUUUAGAUUUUUACAUAACUGUUGUUAGCCACCUUCGAUUUUGUUAGGCCUUUUGCAUUUUUAUUUGUUGUUGGACCUGCUUAUAUUUUUAAGCGUUCAGUUUCAGCGGGUAUAAAUAUAACGCAGAUUGUGAGCAACCUCAAUCCCAGGGCUCUUUUUCUCCUUUUCUUAUUACUGCACAUGCUUAUUUUUUGGACUUUUUGUUUCAGCGGUUAUAAACAUAGAGUAAAUGCAAAUUGUGACUUUUAAAAAUUCAAAUUCCUAUGUUCUAUGUUUUUAUUUGGCACCUCUCAAAAAGACUCGAUGAGAGAUUCAGUGGAUUCUUCCAUGGGGAUUCGGCUAGUUUUUAACAAUAGACGACUACACGUUAUGUUCAAGUUAUGCAUUCACUUCGGAAGAACCAUAAACACCAGAAAAAAGAACUUUAUUAAGUAAAUCAAAAUCGUCUGCUGCAAAAAAGUUACCAACACCACCAAUCCGGUUUACCGUUUCUAACAAAAAGAAGCCAUCUGAGUGUUUUAGUAUAAAAAGAUCUUUGGCAGGUAAUCAAGACUUAAAGGAAUUUUAAGAGAUAAAAAGCUAACACUUGAUGAUCAUUUGUAAUUU